UGGCGGCGGGGCCCGGGGAGGCCGGAGCGGCCGCGGGCGGUGAGAGCGGGGCGGGUGGUGGCUCCGUAGACGGUUUGGGGGUGAGCUUAGGGACCCGCAGAGGGUGUGAGCGUUGGUUUCUAGUGAGGAGCGCCGUCGGGUGGAACGCCCGGUGCGUGGGGAAGGGCUUGGGUCGGUUGGGCUGUGAUGAGGCCUAGUGCCCGGUGAGUUGAGCCCCCGGUGAAGGGCCCUGGUGGGUUGGACCCUGAUGAGCCCCAGGGCCUGGUGAGGAGCCCUGCCGGUUGGGCCGCGGUGCCCAGGGAAAAAGCUCGGUGUGUUGUGCACUGCUGCCCGGUGACGGAGCCCGCUGUUGGGCCCUCGUGCCCGGUGAAGAAGCUUCGUGUUUUGGGCCCUGGUGAGCCCCAGGUGCCUGCUGAGGGCCCUGGUGAGCCCCAGGUGCCUGCUGAGGGCCCUGGUCAGUUGCGCCCUGGUGAGCCCCAGUGCCUGGUGAAAAGCCUGCUCGGUUGAGCCCUGACAAACCUCUUGUCCAGCCAUGCUGGCUGCCGGGCUGUGGCAGCCAUCGAGGCAGCAGCCGGUGUAGCCCCAGGGCAGCUCCCCCAGCCCCACCAUGCCAGCCCCGGGGCCGUCAGGGACCCACCGGGCGCUGUGGGCACUGGCGGCUGCUCUGGGCUGGCUGCUGGCCCUGCAGCUGCUGCUGGACCUGCGGGUGUUGGGGCUGCUCUGUGGGGCCCUGGUGGCACUGGGGGGCUGGCUGGGCCCCCGCGCCCUCAGCCCCCCCGGCCGGCGGCUGCGGCUGGAGCGGUUUGUGAGCUCCCUCCGGCCCCUGCCGCCCUGCCCUGAGGCUGAGGGCCGGCUGGAGAGGGAGAUCACCAGCACCAUCCACAAGGUGGUGCGGGACUUUGUGGCCUCCUGGUACCGCACUGUCAGCAGCGAGCCCGCUUUUGAGGCUGAGGUGGAGAAAGCCAUGACUGGCUUGGCCACCGAGCUGAGGCGGCGGAUGGGGCAAGUGGACCGCCAGGCUGUGGCCCAGCGCCUCCUCCUGCUCUGUGGCCAUCACUUGCAGAGCUACCUGCAGGCCUGUGAGACCCUGAGGGGUGACGCAGGGGGCAGCCGGAGCCUGUGGCAGGAGUACAGCCGGCUGGCAGGGCCGCACCCUGCUCUCCGCAGCCCGGCAGCCGAGGUGGGCUACGCCCGGGCUGCUGUGGAGACGCUGCUGCGGGCGCUGGUGCCACAGCCCCACCUGGAGACGCGGACGGGACGCUUCAUGGUGGUGGAGCUGGUUGCCUGCAACGUGCUGCUGCCGGCCAUCAAGAAGAUGGCUGAUCCUGAUUGGAUCAACCUGCUGCUCAUCGGGGCUUUCUCCAAAAAGACACGGGGAAAGGAGCCACCCCCUGCGCCCCCGGUGCCUGAUGUCUUGCCCUCUGCAGUGCAGACAGAUGCCACCCCUGCUAGGCUGCCUCCAUCCCCAAGGGCCAUGGAUGUGCCAGGGCGAGAGGCAAGGGCUGCUGGGGAGGAGGGAGAGGAGCUGGCAGGCAGACUGUGCCACCCAGAGGAGCCCUUCCUCCGCCCACGGGCCCUGGGCUCUCUCUUCCCCUGUGAGGGCUUGGAGCUGGAGUCCCCUGCACCUGAUGCAGGCCAGGACACAGACCUGCUGGCACCGUCACCUGUGGGGGAGUUCCUCAGUGAACUGGUCCAGGACACCUCCACUGUGCUGGAGGGACCAGCCACUUUGGAGGAUGGUGUGGGGGACCUGGAGGAGGGCAUUGCCACCAGCUCGGAUGCUGUCCUGCUUCCCACCUCUGCUGCUGCCCUGAGCUCCUGCCCUGACAUCCAGAUUGAACCUGCAGUUGAGAAGGAAGAUGAAAGCCCAGCUGUUCUCAGAAAGUCCUCUUCACAGAGGCCCUCCAGCUUGGGGAAAGAUCUGGGGGCAGCAGAGGGCCCACCACAAAGUCCUCCAGACCCAGGCCAGACUUUGCCCCUGCUCACAUCCUCCCCAACAGCUUCUAUCAACAGCUUCAGCUUUGAGCCCCUCAGCAGCCCUGACGGGCCAGUUGUCAUCCAGAACCUGCGGAUAACUGGGACCAUCACUGCCCGAGAGCACAGUGGGACUGGCUUCCACCCCUACACCCUCUACACUGUUAAGUAUGAAACAGCCCUAGAGGGGGAGAGCACAGGCAGCCUUCAGCAAAUGGCCUAUCACACCGUGAACCGCCGGUACCGGGAGUUCCUCAACCUCCAGACCAGGCUGGAGGAGAAGCCGGAGCUCCGCAAGUUCCUGAAAAAUAUCAAAGGCCCAAAGAAACUGUUCCCUGAACUCCCAUUUGGAAACAUGGAUAGUGAUAAAGUGGAAGCCAGAAAAAGUCUGCUAGAAUCUUUCUUAAAGCAAUUGUGUGCAGUCCCUGAGAUUGCUAACAGUGAGGAGGUGCAGGAGUUCCUCGCCCUCAACACCGACGCCAGGAUCGCCUUUGUCAAGAAGCCCUUUGUUGUCUCCAGGAUAGACAAGAUUGUUGUCAAUGCCAUUGUGGACACCUUGAAGACAGCGUUUCCCAGGUCAGAGCCCCAGAGCCCCACAGAGGAACUCAGCGAGUCUGAAGUGGAUGGAAAAUCUCAGACAGAUGGAAAGAAGGCGAACAAGUCCAGGCUGAGGUUCUCCUCCAGCAAAAUCACUCCAGUGCUGAGUGUGAGUGAAGCACACGACAGAAUUGUGUACUCUGUCCGGGAGGGCAGCUCUGUCUCUGGCACCCUCUCACUGGCUGCUAUGGAGUCCUUCAUCCAGAAGCAGGAGAAGCUGCUGGAGACAAUCCCCAGCAAAGCUCCUGAAGGCGAGGGAGGCAGAGAAGUUAAGGAAGGCUCCAUGCAGGAGGAUAUAGAUGGUCUGAGUACAUCGGAGCAGAGCAUGCAUCCAGACACAGACUCUGACUCUGAGACAGCUUUGGCUGAUCUGGCCCUGGAUGUGCUUCGUCUUCUGAUGAUGGAUCACUGGAGCUGGCUGUGCACAGAGAGCAUCCAGAAGGUUUUCCACCUGCUCUUUGGGACCCUCAUUCAAAGGUGGCUGGAAGUCCAGGUGGUUAAUCUGACCUGCACCCAGCGUUGGGUCCAGUACCUCCAGUUGCUGCAGGAAUCCAUUUGGCCUGGAGGAGUUUUACCAGCAGUGCCUAAACCAGCCAGGACAGAGGAACAGAAGAAAGCAGCAGCAGAGCAGGCCCUGCAGAGCCUGAUGGGGAUCUUGCCUAAUGUGAUCCAAGAAAUCCUUGGCACGAGUAAAUGCCAGAUGAGCUGGAAUCUGGUACUGGAGUCGCUGGGCCAGCCUGUGAUCAACAGGCACCUGGUUUUCUGCCUCCUGGACAUUCUGCUGGAGUUCCUGGUUCUGAAAGGCUCCAGCCAUGAGUUCCAGACCACAGCUGUUGUGCCGUCUGCCUCUGGUAGCCUGGACAGAGCAGGCAUUUCAGCACAUUAACCAGGGCUGGUGUAGCCAGCAGUGGAGGAGAGAAACAGCCACAGGCAUGGGAUGAUUUGAUUUUCAGUGUUUACUGAACAUGUCUGGGAGCUUCUUGUAAAGAAUUUGUCCAGCCAGUGCUAAAUGAGGCUGCUUCCAGGCUUCUCUGGUUGGGCUGGGUGAUGGAUUAAACCCAAUGUCAGGAGCUGAAGACUUCUGCCAUGUAGCAUCUGUUCUUCUGCUGACCUGAUGGAGAGCCUGGACUGAAGAUGCCCCACUGCUGCUGAGCUGGACAGUCUGAGGAGGAUAUGUAGGCUGCCCACAAGCCCUGUUGUCUUGCCCCAUGUUUCUGAACAUCUCUAACAUCUAAAGGCAGCCAGCACAAGAUCUGCUUUUGUGGCCUCGGGCUUCACCUGGUACUGGCAUGCAGAGACUUGAUGUGAUCUUGUUGAUAGAUGUUUCUCCAGGAGAAGUGAAGAGAGAACCAAAUGCUGUCCCUGCUGUCUAAGCAGCAUGCCCUGUGCCUGUCAUUCGCCAUCCAUCUUACCAGAAGGAAGAUGGGGAGAGAGUGGAGCAUGGAGAUGGGGUGAUGGCCCUGAAGUCAGCACCAGGAACCCAUCUCCACUGUCCAAAUAACUGGGAUGUCGAAAGCAGUGUAGAAAUUAGAGCUGCUGUCCUGCCUUAGGGACAAAGAUAAGCUGCCUCUCCCUGCCAUUGCUCUGAUAUGGUCUUGUUCUGGCAUUUUUUGCUGCCUGAACAGUAGGAUGCAAGUAGAUUAGACUGUGGUCCUGGAAAAGAGAACUGUUCCCAGGCUGAAGAGGGAGGGUAGCUUAGCUGGAGUUGAAGAAUAUCUUGUAUUCUGCCUGCCAAGUCAUGUUGUAGUCCCAGAGGCUGUCACCUGGAAGGCACAGGAGAAAAGGAACUGACCCAUAGGGGACAGAGAGAAAGUAAAUGAGCUCCCGCACAAGUGCGUGUCACAGCAAGCUCUGGAAGAGGAGUGAGCCCAGGAGGAAUACAAGAUGCAUGUCAUGGACAAUCAGACCACAGCAAUGGGCUUGAGAUCACCACCUCAGCUCUGGUGUUGGUUCCAUGUCCCUGUGCUUUGGUUCACUAGGCCUGCUCCUGCAACAGCUGUGUGCAGGGGGCUCUAGGAAGCUUCUUACAUGGCAUGUUCACCUCACAGCUGCUCUUCUGGAUCACCCAAGACUUGAGGAAUUUUGCAAGCUGACAUUGCCCAGCUGUCAGGUUUGUGACAGGGCAGGUGGACAUGGAGAAUAUUCCCCAACAGACUGGCUUGUUGUCCUGUUUUGGUGUUAUUUCCUGGGAGAAAUAUGAACUGAACAGCACUGGGUUUCACUAAUCAAGGGGACACUGCCCCUUGUGUUGUCUACAGAUUAAAGUGCUGGAAAGGAGUGACCUUGGAAGGUAGAAGUGUGCAGGAUCACAGCUAGUGUCUGUGUUACAGUACCAAAUGAUGCAUUUCAGGUAGCCUGCUGGUUCUUGGAGCUGGAUACUCUGUGGCAUGGUUGGAGAGAAGGGGAUGUAACUCCAGCAUGCACAGUGCUGCAAGCAGAAACUCUGCUCUUUCCAGAGGCAGCUGCUUCAUACUGGACACCCAGCAGUAUGUGCUGCUGUUUGGGUGUGUGUAUUGUGUGAAAAUACAGGGAAGGAUUAGCAGGUAUGUUUUUAGGGAGCACUUAAGGACAUCCCAAGUCUAGGCAGAAUCCAAUGUAAUGAAUCAAAGUUGUUUUGCAUCACUUAUCAGAGCAGUUUCUCAGCACUUUUGAGAUGGUAGACUUGCCACCUGCUUGGAAUAGGAGGGAGCAUGUGUGUCAAGUAGCUUAAGAGUAGAUGAGGUAAAUGGUUGGAGUAUGCUCCAAAUGGGAUUAUCUCAAAUAAUUCCCAGCAGCAGGCUGGGAAGCAGCACUCCCAUAUGUACUUAAGCACAAUAUCCACUUGGAGCAGCCUCUUCACCCUGUCCUGCACUGCCAGGCUCCUGUUCCUCUUCUUACGACUUCCAUUUACUACAUAAUCUGUCUUGAGGACUGGGGAGAAGGCAGUAGGAGAAGCAGCCAUCAGCCUGGGAUGAGGCUGCAUAUCCCUGUUUGUGCUUGGUGACUUCCUAGAUGCUCUUGGUGUACUUUCUUGGUGUUGUUUCCUCAGUAAUUUAUGGGUUUCGAGCUCCAAGUUUGUAGUCUGCAUUGAUUAGGGGUAUCAUGAAGAGACUGUUUGCUGAAAAGAAUCAUUCAGAGAUGGACUGCAGACUGCACUGCCAGCUCCACACGAGGGCAAAGGCCUAGCACACUGCUUUCAGUCACUGAGUGUGACAUUGGAAGGACAAGCUUUCAUUUCCCCUCUGCCAGGAAGCCCUGGCAUCCCUGCCUUUAACCCUGACCUGUGCAAUUAUGUGAAUGACUCCAUAUUAAUUUGUCCCGAUGGAAAUAAUUUGCCAUUUCUGCUGGCAGGCUCUGAGGAGCUCUGAGGACCAUAGGUUGAGAGCCAAUGUUGAGCUGGGAUGGUGCCACAAUGAUUUACAGUUGUAGCAGGCAACUGCUUGGAGUGUGCCUCCUUUCACAGGGGCCUCAGAGCCGUGGUUCUGCAGCCUUGCUCACAUGCUGGAGUAGCAACAUCUCCUUUGUGAUGACAUGGGAGGAGCUGGGGCAGAGGGAGAUGAGCUCAGUGCAGUUGCACGUGCUCUGAAGUCAGUGAAGCGUUGGGAAGAGACCCCAGGAGUUUGCGUUGCAAGAUCUUGGUUUUAUUCUCCAGAACCCCCUUUCUUAGAGGAAGGAAAACAGAAACCAGGGUUGCUGGAGAACCCUUUCUCAUGCUCUUACUGGCUUGGCUUCAAGCUCCCAUUCUCUCCUUCCUGGAUCUUAGUCCAUUCUCACAGCUGAGGUGGAGCUGCCCAGGACCAGCAUAGGAACAAGUACAUCGUUUUUGUACCUUGUUGUUAAGGAACACAAAAUCAAUGAAAAUUGAAGCUUUUUUCUAAGCCCAGUUCUUUGCCUCACUGCAAUUUUCAAAUUAAAUUGAGCAUGCCAGUGGCAAAGGCAAACUUUUGCAUUCAGGUGGGCUGCAAGUUUGUUUCCAUUGGGCUAAGACUAGAAAUACUGCUUUGGUAAAACAAAUGAGGCCAAUAAAAAGCCUUUAACUGACUGUGUAUGACAUGUUCCCAGCAAGCUCCCUUUUUCUGCAGGAGUUGGUGCAGGAGGCUCGAGCCACCUCUUGCUAAAGGGAUUGGUUUCUGUUAUAGUAGAUCUAGAUCCAUGGUUCAGGUGGGUGCUCAACGCUCUAGGUUCUACUGGACAGAGCCAAUCUGCUUCCAGCCCACUGCUUUGCUGCACUGAGGAAAGCACUUCAUUUCCCCUGCCUCAGUUUCCCCCAGCACUGGCUAGUUAGACUGCAAGCUCCCUGAAAGCAGGAGCUGCUUGUGUGUCUGCACAACAAAGUGCAAUGGUGCAGAGCUUCAGGGCACCACUGUAAGCUAAAUAGUAGAUGUUUUGUUGAGCCAGAGCUUGUUUCUUUGUGUUGUCCAGAAAAAGGGCCACCGUGCACUGACUCCCUGUUUUAUUUUCUGUAUUUAAACCUUGGUAUCAGUUGUUUGUGGGUGCAGCCACACUCUGUGUAGCAGAGUGCUGUCCUGAGAAUCUCUUGUGGUGUUAAAUGGGGAACCAAGCAGUGCUCCCAAGCACUGGUGACUUGUGUUCUGACUCUCUGUACAAUAAUACUGUGUUUCAACCUCC